AUGUCAAAUCCAAGUAAGGGUCAUUGGGAAGUGCUGAAGUGUUUGUUUAGGUACUUGAAGGGAACUUCAAAUGUUUGUCUUAAGUUUGGGAGAAAUUCAAGCGGGUUGAUUGGGUAUUGUGAUUCCGACUAUGCGGGUGACUUAGAUGCUAGAAAAUCUACCUCGAGGAAUGUUUUUGCAUUGGGUGGAACGACGGUAAGUCGGCAAUCGUUGCUCCAAGAUGUGGUCGCCAUGUCCACCACCAAAGCGGAGUAUAUAGCUAUCGCCAAAUCAUUUAAAGAGGCAAAGUUGCUAAAAGGGUUAGUUGGUGAGAUGUGCCCUGAGAUGAGCUAG